UUACCUCCCUUUGGUACGAGGCGGCGCACGAAAAUCAUCACGGCGUUGCACUUUACGUGGAAAUGGCACACUCACUUUUUGAUUCGCUUUCAGAGCCGGGAUAUUGCAUAGUGCUUUGGAAUAUGUCAAAUAUUGAGAAUCAAUCAGCCAUUCAGUCAAUACUGGACACACACAAUGUCACAGAAACAAACACAGCACAGGUUGAAGAUGAAGAUGUUUUUCAAUGUGGGAAAUGCAAGAAACAGUUCUCCAAUCUCAGUUUAUUUGUGGGCCACAAGCAGACAAGAUGUACACCAAUAGCUCCCCGACCUACCUUACAGAAUACAGCAGUUAUACAGGGUCUCGGCAACAGUGCUUUCACAGCCACAGCACCUCAACAUGGCAUCAGGACACAACUACCACAGAAUUCAGCAGCAGGUUUCAGUACAGUGAACCAGACACCAUUGAACCAGCUGACCAACAGUAUGGUACUGACAGAUGACCAGAUGUUAACUUUUAGUGAUAUAACCCAGACAGUACAGAAUGGUAUCAUCCAAGGUUCUACACUACAUUUGGGACCUGGGAACACAGUACAGACCAAUGGCUCCUUUCUGUCACCUGUGACACAGCUGGCGCCACGAGCAACAAAUAAUGUCACCAUCCUGAGUGCCAUACAACCCACCACCUCUCUGUCAGCGUCCAAUGGGUCUGCCUUCACCAGUACUGCCUCGGUGAACAACCUUCAACCCCUAGUACCUCAACAACAACUACAACCAGUAUUCUCAAUCACAGCAUUGCCUGAGAAACCUCAAAAUAUGCACAUCAUCAAACCUAGCCCUACUAAAGCAGCCAGAAAGUCUGCCCAGGCCUCAGCAUUAAAUGGUGGUGAGACAGACCACUCGGGAUAUACCGACGACGGUAAGAAGAAACUUGUAUGUACAUACUGUGGAAAGGUGUUCAUGAAGAAUUUUGAUCUACAGCAGCAUAUUAGGUCACACACUGGUGAAAAGCCAUUUCAAUGUGUUGUUUGUGGACGAGCAUUUGCACAGAAAUCCAAUGUGAAGAAACACAUGUCCACACAUAAGGUGUGGCCAUCAGGACCUUCUGGUAGCACAUUGCCGGUGCAGCCUCCAGCUAUGUUAGUUCCUGUAGAAGACGAAACAGAGAAAUCCUCCCCAGCAGAAACAAGUGACACACCAGAGCAACAAACAGAGAAUGAUGUUGAACCAGAGAGCCCGGAAGGUCGACAAGCUGACAAGGAGAAAAAGCUACUGAAGAAAGAGCAGUACAAACUUAAAGUCGUCAUAGAUAAUUCCUACAUGUGUCAAUACUGUCCAGAGAAAUUCAAGUCUUACUAUCAACUCAAGUCACACAUGGUCAAACAUAAAAGCUUCCAGGUAUAUAAGUGUGUGGUCACAGAGUGUGGUCAGACAUUUCAGGACAUGGAGACAUUUUUAGACCAUACUUCCACACACAACGAGGAUAUAACAUACAGAUGUCAUCAGUGUUCUAAAGUAUUCUCCACGUUGUACGAGCUAGGGAUACACCAGUACUCUCACAGUCUGUACCAGAAUCCUGGCAAGUCAGGACCAUGGCAUUUUCAGUGUACAAUGUGUAUGAGCAAGUAUGCCACGCCUGAGGCUCUACAACAUCAUAUGAGUACAACUAGUCAUGAAUACCCGUGCCCUCAUUGUCAGAAAAACUUUACAUGUGAACGAUUCCUCAGGAAGCAUCUUGCAUCACAUGGAACGGAAAACCAGUAUGAAUGUAGCGUAUGCCAGAAAAAUUUAAAGACAGAACACUACCUCAAGAAUCAUAUGUUGAUCCACACGGGAGAGAAACCGUACGAGUGUGAGACCUGUGGUGCUGCAUUUAAUCGUAAAGAUAAACUGAAAAGACAUAAUCUUAUACAUGAUGCUAAAGUGAAGUACAAGUGUCCAUUUAAAGCAGUUUGUGGCUGUACAAAGGAAUUUUGCAGACCAGAUAAAUUAAAGGCGCACUUGAUAACACAUAGUUCUGUGAAACCGUACUCCUGUGAUAUAUGUGGUAAAGAUUUUGCUCGCAAACCUCAUUACAACGAGCAUAUGAGGGGACAUAGAAACGAUUAUCCCUACAACUGUGAAAAGUGCAAGCGAGGAUUCUUCAGGCCAAAACUGUUUAAAGAACAUAAAUGUGAGGACGCAAAUGGUCAGUUGAAAAAGAAAAGAUUAUUCCAGCCUCGAAGAGUUAAAAGAAAACCUGGAAGACCUCGGAAAGUUAUGAAAACAGACAAUCGUGAUAAUAAAGGGUCUAAAAGUAUAUAUUUAGAACAUGGUAAGGGAACGUUCUUGAUAGAGAAGCUGGAGAUUGUACCAAAAGACAAAGAAAAACAAGAAUUAAGUGAUAAAGAAACAGUUUCACAAUCAGAAAUUGAGACAGAAAAUGAUAAUGGUGAAAACUCAAAUAAUGCGAGUGAAGAGCCCAUAGAAACUUUGGAAGAGACACAAGAGAAUGUUGCUAAUGUGGAAAAGGAACAAGAAAAUGAAGAUGAAAAUAGAACUACAGAUGGUUCAGAUACUGUUGCUGUUGAAGAAUCUGAAAAUAUGAAUGUUUCGAAGAAACCAAAACCUGAAUGUUAUGUAAAAAUAUCUCCAACUCUAGUGCCAGUGUCAAUGGUUGAACGUUAUGUUACCGUGCAGUUAACGACAACAAAUGGAGGAGAUGGCGGGGAAAUUCAGACACAACUUAUUCCUGCCUCAGAAAUUGGGGGUCAGAUACAGUUUGCUACUCCAGUUCCAGGUCUACAAAUUUCACCAUCGUCAUCGGCAACAACCUUUCAUCCUAUUCAAAUCAUUGAAGGUCAACCAAUGACCUUGACUGUAUCCCAAGGUGACCAUUUGGGAGAUAUAGGGGUAGGAGAAUCAAAUGUAAUAGAUAUUCCUGUAGAUAUUGUGACAGUAUCGAAUGAUGAAGCUAUGCUAUGCACUCAGGAAGUGACCAAUGAUGGUGAUGCAUCAGAACAAACUUAUGGCACACUAGUCAACUAUGCUCCAGACCAUCUUAUUAACUCUUCUGUUGAAAUUUUAGGACCUGAAAAUAUGUAAAAUUGUCAUAAACUUAAAAUCUAUUGUAUCCUCUAUAGAAGAGUAUGACAAAAUCAUUUCAUCUUAGAAAAGAAUCAAACAGCGGACAUAAUAACUUUGGUUUAAAAUCAAAAUCUUUACAGUUAUAUAAUAAAACAUUUAAAGCUUUUAAUGCUUUACCAAUCAAAUGUUCUUGGUUUUUUAUACUUCUUUGGUUUAAAACAAAACUCCCUGUGUAGUUGAACAAUGUACCAAGAUAAUUAAAACAAUCUACAACUUC